AUGGGGUGUUGUUGCACCAAACGGCGACUUGAUCAUGAAGAUCCAGCACUUCUUGCUUCCCAAACCUAUUUUAAAAGUUCUGAAAUUGAAGCAUUGUAUGAUCUGUUCAAGAAAUUAAGCAGCUCCAUGGUGGACGAUGGUGUUAUCAGCAAAGAAGAGUUUCAGCUUGGCUUAUUUGGAAGCUGCAAGAAACAGAGCCUCUUUACUGAUAGGUUAUUUCAAUUAUUUGACUCAAAAAAUGAUGGGGUGAUAGAAUUUGGAGAGUUCAUUCGAGGUCUAAGUGUCUUCCACCCAGCAGCACCACAAGCACAGAAAACAGACUUUGCAUUUCGACUCUAUGAUGUAUGUCAAAGAGGCUUUAUUGAACGUGACGAGGUAAGAGAGAUGAUAUUGGCAGUACUAAAUGAAUCGGAUUUGGUUCUGUCUCAUGACAUAAUUGAGGUCAUAAUUGAUAAGACCUUUAAAGAAGCAGACUCGAAAGGAGAUGGAAGGAUUGAUCAAGAGGAGUGGCAAGAAUUAGUUGGUCGAAACCCAUCCAUAUUGAGGAAUAUGACUAUUCCCUAUUUGAAGGAUCUUAAUAUAGAGUUUCCUGGUUUUAAACAAGCAUUAGCCAUUGAAGACUGUAGAAGGAGCUCAUCCCCUGAGAAAGACAAGAGUCCGUCCCUCCUUAGAAGGACAAUUUCAACAGUUGUCUCAAAAAAUGCAAUUUCAUCAAAAUGUGAGUAUACAUACACAGCGACCAAAGUAAAGGAGGAAGGAAUCGCCGUUAAGGUUGACGGCGAGAGGUAG